UCAACGACAACACUCAACAGUAGUCUACAUAGAAUAGCCCAGGAUCAAUAUCACGACACAAAGUGAUCACUUGGAUUAUUGUCGUUCAGCGCCGAAAAAGAAUGGCCUAGCUGAAGCGUAUUACGAGGCUUCCCUUGGCUCCUGUUCGCUCCUCUGGGCUUCUGAAAUCGCCACCAGCAGUCCAUUGGCAUUGGCAUUGGAUGACUGCUGAGCGCCGAUCUGCCAAUCGCACCUGUGGCUGUGCAGCUUCUUGGCGGUUCUCGCAUCUUAGCUGACAAAAGGAAACAGAUGGUACUGCGUCGGCUGCUAGAUCACGGCUGGCGAUGGCUGAUCGGGUGCUCGUGAUGCUUGCCAUCUCGGUCCUGCUGCUGAUCUCCACAGCCUCUGCCAGCGAUUGCCCGGUUUCCGAGAGAUGCUGUUGCCCACGAGGAACACAUCUUGUCGAGUCGUGCACGGAUGUUAAGAAUGCGACUUGCAAGGCGUGUCCGCCCCAUACCUUUAUGGAUAUUGAUAAUGUGUUAACGGAGUGCUUUGAUUGUGAUCUGACGGUCAAGAACGGCUGCUAUAAUGAAUGCCCGCCCGAGGGUCCGCCACGGCUAACCUGCGCGCCAGGAACGACCGACGCGACUCCUGCCACCACCGCGACUCGUCUGUCCACCAUCACCGUGCCGACCAACGGCUCUGCCGUGGGAUCAUCGGCACAGCCGCCGCCGACGAAUUCCACUCCCAGUUCCUCGUCCCCGGCCCAUAUGACUACGAGUGAGCAUCCCAGCAAGAGUGCACGGGGGGUUUCCCCGGGAAUCAUCGGCGUCUUGAUCGCCGUGGCCGUACUGAUCGGCCUGCCCAGCAUUGUCGUCACCCUGUCGUGCUGCAUCAGCAAGCGGCAGCAGCGCAAGGAGCUGCACGCACUCUGCCGUCGCUCGUUGGGCGAGUACCUACGGCUGUGCAGCGGCAGCUCUGGCGGCGGCGGCGACGACUCAGUGACGGCAUCACCACGCCAACUCUUCCUGCAGAAUCGCCUGGUGUGGCAGCUGCUGUUCGGGCAGGACGACGAACGUUUGUUGACGACCUGGGCGGCGUCGUGUUCUCGGUGUCCGGUGCAUAGUGCUGCCGGCCUGCAUGUCAGUAGUCAUCAGGUGGCCCUCAAGCGCCAGUGCAGCUGUAUCCUGCGUAGCGGCAUACUGCCCGCACCGCCGCCAGUGGGACAAGCUUCCUACAUUGAGGAGAUGAGUGUACUGGAAGCUAUGCUGCUGGCCAAACACCUGGACCUGCCCGACGAGACGAGCUCGCAGCCGUGGAAGACGAUCGGCGAGAUCUUCCCCGACAACCUGGUCUCGUGCGACGUCCUGAACACGGUGGAGCGUCGCGGCAGACUCUCGCCGCCGCGCUCCACGCACAGCCCCACGUUCGAGCUGCUUCUGUUCCUCGCCGCGUACCCGCGACGCUUCCAGGUGGCGCAGCUUGGCCGCGGGCUCAUCCUGCGAGGGUAUCAGGAAGCGGCGUGUUGUCUUAACUACAGCGACGAUACAACGCCACAGCUCGCGGCGGAGGAGGGUGGUGCUAACGUGGUGGACCCCGUUGUCCCGGCUCACGACGAUCCAAACUUCCCACCACUGCCCAGCCACUGGCAGCCGAGCGGCUUGACAGCGGAGGAUUUCGAAAGCGAGGCGGCGCGCGGCUCGUUCUUUGAUCGCAUCACGGUACGAUUUCUGUCGAGUCGACAGCGCGGUGCCCAGACAAACUUGCAUCGAGGGCGACUCGGCUUCCAUCCCAGUUGGCACAGCGGGAGUAGUGAUCAUCGCCGACGUCCGGGCAGCUCCUCCAGUAUGCGUGCACUGUUCAGCGACAGUGAUACCGAAGGCGGCGCUGACGGCGACGCCGGUGCUUGGCAGACGCCAACGCAGCCCGCUCCGGAGUGCGUCCUGGGCGGCAGCGGCUCUGAGCUGCGCGUCGAGAGUGUUGCACCGCGCCCGCUAGUCAGCGUGACGGACCAGCCAAGGGCGACCGCGGUUUCCCGCCAGUGUUCCGAGCCGGCCGAUACUACCCUAAACUCCAAGCCCAUAGCCACGGCGGGAAGCGAUCCGUUUCUUCAAUUCGACAGUGACUUGGAUCGGCCAUUUCAGGGCCAAUUGGAACCCGUUGCGGCCUCACCACGACAAAAGCCUGACAAGGAACGUCAGAGUACAGCAGUCAAUCCGUCCAAACAUUCCGUGGCACUGGAUAUCACGCCGGCGAAAUUAUCCAAAUUGUCCGGCCCCGCGACGGCCAGCAAGACGUCGCCAGCGCACAGCAUCCGCCGUGACCAGAAACGCGUGACCACGAGUGACGUGCCUCAGCGGUCGCCUUCUCACCACGAUGGUCUCUUCCCCGUGCAAGCCAUGCCCAGCGAACUUACCCAUGCCGAUAUGGAAAUGCUGAAGGCCGCGCUUGGCAUGCAGUGCCAGCUCGAACAGGAGAAACAAGUCGUCAGCGUCGAUGGUCCGCUCUGCCAGUUCCCCGAUGCUAGGCAUGCUGUGCAGGUAAAGCACAACGUGCAGUGCGACAGCAGGGAGUACAUGGACGACCUGCAGUGGAGCAAGCUACUCACGGACAAUCACAGUGAGGCGGACAUUGCAGCCGCCAUGCUCGGCCGCGAUGGAUCUCAGCACAUAGGUCAGCACCCGAACUGGACACAGCCUGCCGCUGGCGCCGUUGCUGCUCCUGUUCAACCUUUCAAGGCGACGGCUGUCAAGCGCACAAUCGCGUAUCGUGAAGCACUGCUGAGCCGUGGCGCCCAGGAACCACCCGCUAAGCGCCCACCGUCCACCGUGCCGUUGAGUGACUCGGAGGGAACGCAGGAAGAACAACACCGGUACUGGGCAUCGGACGAUCAGGGUAUUCACGGGCCAUCCAGGAAAGUAGCUAGUGUGACAGGAAGCAAUGCCCAAUGGAAGAAGCGGUCCCUUGCUGUUACUGCUGCUGCUGAUGAUUAUGAUGAUGCGCCGAAACAUGGCAAUGACAAUCCUACUUACAACAGUCCUGUUCGUCGCCACGGCUAUCCUAUCUCCCCGGCUUCUACUAAGCCACUAUCGUCGUCCAAUCCUAGCAAGACAACCAGCAGGAACAGGGAGCAGCCAGGUGAGCAAGACCACAAGCAAGUCGGCAUGAUGUCGCGGGAAUUCGACGCGGAAGGCGGGGAUAAUCGCCGCCGCCGCCAAGCCGUGCCCUGGAGCGAGCGUGUCAAAAACCCAACACAAACGCACAUACAGUCAACACGUGCUCAUGCAGGCAAGCCUAUAGGGCACGCUGUACUUUCCAGUACGCGUCCUGCACCAAGCCGUUCCUCCUCCGAAGGCGACGACCGCCAUCAUCCACAAUAUACUCACCAGGUACAAAGCCACCGAGGCAAACUGGCCAGUCUGAGAAACGCUAAGGGUGAGAGCGAUGACGAAGAGGAUGAGGGUGGCAUGGCGGCUCCUCGUCUGCCAUUGAUCGACGAAAACGGCAAGCCCAUCAAUAGCCUUGUUGCCCGGGGCAAGCUAGAGAGCCAAGCAGCGGAAGAGGAUUACCUGCGGGGUGAUAUUUAGCCGGCGAUGCGAUCCCAUUGUGAAUUUGCUGAGUUUCUCGUCUUGUUUUUUUUUUAAAUUUUUUAUCUGUCACAGGUUAAUUCUGAGCUUGGCUUUGACCUUUUUUUUUCAAAAAUUGAAGUCCUGGCAUGUGCACAUGGAUGGAUUUGUGCACCGUGCAUUGAACUUGUAGCAUGUUUUGCUCUCAGUGUUGCAUAUUCCCUGCAAUGCAUGUUGCCAGCAGUGCCUGUCGCCUAUUUACGACGAUGCGAUCCCAUUGUGACUCAUUUGUUGAGUAUUUCGUAUUGUUUAUUUCGUUGUACCUGUCACUAGUUUAGUCGAAGUUUAGAUUUGAGCUGAAAUUCCUGGCACGUAUGGAUGGUGUUUGUGCACUGCGCAUUGAACUUGUAAGUUGAAGCUUGUCUUGCUCACGGUGCUGAACGUCUCCAGCAUUGACUGUCGCCUUGCCCGCUGCCUUGCAUGCCUUUGCGCCGUGCGCAUCCUCAAAGUUGCCUGUAGCUGGAGUGCAGAUCACCUGAUCAAGCCAUCCCGUCAGUCUCUGCACCUACCGUGGAGGACCGUAUGUGUGCAUUAUUAUGCUGCUGCUCACCUGCCUUGAGAUAAUUAUUAAUUAUGCUUCAACGUGCGUUUGGCUUGCCGCAGCGUGAAUCCGCUAAAUGAGAUUGAUCCGUGGAGGAGUUACGG